GCUCCCUCCCGUGUACACGCAAAGGCGACGGGCUCGGAAGGAUCGUGCACGGGCGGAGGGCCGCGUGGGUGGAAACCAUUUCCGACAGCGAUGGCGCAGUCGUGUCCCGAGAAGGAGAUGCUCCGUGCGCUCGAGACGGAGUGCAAGGUCGUUGUCAAAGUGACUAACGCCUCCAGACUCACGCUCUGCGAGCCGCGGGUCUUCAUCAAGUCAGGAUACUGCCAGUUUAAAUCUGACGAAUCCAUAAAGCCAAAGAAGCAUGCACUGUACGGAUUCCGAAAGAUGACGGCGAACAUCAAAGGCUGCCAUGGCAUCCUGGGCCUUCGCUUCCAGGGGACCGAUGAAUACUUUGUACUGCUCUUCAAAAACCCGUACUUGUACAACCGCAAAUUGUUCUCCCUCUCCAUUGAGAACAACCCUGGCAUUUGUGACAUCGACCUGCGGAAGCUACAAGAAAUGAGCAGGAAAGAGGUGAGCAAAGAUGGAAGGUUCGCAUGGUCGUAUGCGGGCUCCAAUUGUUUGAUUGUGAAAAGCAGAAUGCUGCAGGUUCAAGUGAAGGCAGCGAUGUCUGCAUCUGACGAGUCCGUUGUGUACAUGACGGUGACGGACGAAGGCACGGGCGAAGGCACAAACAAGCCGGUCACAAAAGAUUCCAGCGUCAGUGAUUUUAGUGCUAAAUUUCAAAACAGCAAGCCGGUCACAAAAUAUUCCAGCAUCAGUGAUUUGAGUGCUAAAUUUCAAAACAGCAAGCCGGUCACAAAAUAUUCCAGCGUCAGUGAUUUGAUUGAUACAUUUCGAAACAGCAAGCCGGUCACAAAAUAUCCCAGCGUCAGUGAUUUGAUUGAUAAAUUUCAAAACAGCAACUUAGGUAACUGAGCAUAGUGAAAGUGGGCUCGUUCAGUGCAGAUUUUCUUUGAUAACGCCUAAUAAGUACUAACGUUAAGCAUUCUGGUUAAUUAAGAAAAUGUAUCCACCUUGUGUAUGUGGGUGCACAGCCCUUUGUUUUUCCAUUUCUGGAAGACGGCCUUCCCAUUAUGUUGUUAUACGUGGUCGUUUGACCGCACUUCUCCAUGGUGAAUGGGCCGAGGCUCAGGAUUAGUUCAGAUAAUAACGACCGGGAAUAUAUCUUAGUUGGGAAGAUUUAUAGAGCAGCGCGCUAGCUCUUCAUUCUGCACAUGCAAAUAGCGUAAUUAGUCUUUUGGCAUGUUGGCCUUCGAGACAGCUCAACAGAUACCUCUGGUGCUCCAGCACUCCAACAGCAACAUAUAUCCACCUCUGCAGCGUGUACAUCCUUCCCCUACUACUACUGUGUGGCUCAGAGACUCGGUCAACGACAGCGUCACCGAGCCGGCAGAUGGAUAUCAGCGAGCGACGGACGUCACCAGCGCGGAGGUUCCACCUUCGCACACGCGGUGCGCCCAUCGAUGUUCCAACACGGAUAGAGCCAGGAGACUUUGGAUCUUCGGACACAGUGCCCGGUCGGACACCUCAGCCGGUGUUUAGUUUGUCGUCCUUCCCCCCGCACCUCCGAUUAGCACGAUAUCUGGUGAAAGCAGACAUGAUUCCUUGCAAAAGGUUUCAGUUUGGUGGUUUAACAUCUUAACACCUCUUUUAUUGCCAGAAAGGGUCAAACCGUUUCUUAUAUAUUGAUACUGGCAAGGGAGGUCCUAUGUCAAAGCAAAAAUGUUGUCGCUGUUGUAAUGCUUCCAGGUUAAAUAAUACUCAGAUGUAAGGUGUAGUUAAAUUGUACGAGGCAAAGUGUAAUUGUUGAAUAGCUGUAUGUUUAAGUGAUUGCUGUUGUAACUGUUAAUAUUGUGGUGACAGAGAACGCAUUACCCAAAGUUAGAUCUUAAAAUAGUUAAGUGUAAUCCAUAGAGUUAAUUAAAAAGGUAGUGUUAAGUGACAUACAUGUUUGGAUGUUAAUCUUGUUGUAUGUGUUAAACUUGACGU